AUGCCGGGUUUGCAACAAGCGCUGCUAGAUGCUGGCUGCGUCGUUGGAGCAUUGUUAUGAAAUGCAGGAGAAAACUUUCAAUUUCUAUGAGCUUCUGAAAUAACUGUGCUUCAACAUCAGUGUUCGAGAAAAUUGAAUUCAUCGAAAGAUAAAGAAUUCAUCAAACAUCAAACAGCACCACAAACAACGAACAAGGAUCUCCCCUUCAUGACUAGCGAUCGCAGCGUAUAAAGUCUUGUGCAUGUCUCAGCUCGCGAACCUUUUUCUCUCGCCGAAGCACCGAUUCGCGGCAAAUAGCAAUCGCGCGGUGAUGACUGAGCAGAUGAACUUCUUGCACAUGAUCUAUCCGUACGCUGAAUACUUGCAGCUUCCCCCUGAGGAUAUGACGAAUCUUGCUGUCACCUUCGUCCGCACCGACGUUUUCAAGAGCUUUUACGCAGAACCGCUGCUGCUCGAUCUUCCUGCUGAUCAUUACGGAGUAGAAAAUAUUGCUGCAGCUGAUGGAAGCAAGACUGGAUUUCUCAAGGCGUUCUUGGAACGUACACUGGACCACAGGCAAACGGGUGAAGCAGGUGAAGCGGCUUUGCGGGGAAUGCAAGAACUGCUGCAAAUGUCACUGUCAAAUCUCGACUCUCUAUGGAGGAAGAUCAACUCUCAGCAUCAGCAGCUUCCAUCGAGCAGUCUCUCCAUGAUUACGUCUCCUGUAAAAACUAGUAGUACAACACCUACAGCACCCAGUCAAGCUCAAGACCAAGAAGAGGAGGAGCAAGAAACUCGUCCCCCGCGCCCUCCACCUGUGAAGAUACGGCUCGAAGUCCUCCUUGCUUCGAAGUGGCGUGUUUCGCGCGUUCUCGCGAUGGUCGAGCACUUGACGCACGAUUUAGUUCCUCACAACAAGGAGUCCAGAGACUCGCAAGUGCUGCACUUCUUCACGGGUGGACAGGGCUUUCUGGGUAUCGGUGGAGAAUACGAGCAAAGAGCGCAGGAGAGGCAAACUGAGUUGGAGUCGCUUGUCUCGGAGCUUGCGGAGAUAGUUGAAUUAAGUCGCGGACCACAAAACAACGUACAGAUGCGAGUGGACACCUUAAAGACUAGCACGACAACCGGCGAUAGCGAAGGCGCAGAUACAUCUUCGCAGAGCUCGAAGAGUUAAGUCUAUAAUUGUCACUACAAAUACAAAAUAAGUCUUAGUUUGACUUAGGAAGAGUAAGUUUCCUGAAUUCUAAGGCCAAUGAGAUUAUUUUCAAGAAGGUUCAUGCAACAUCUUCACCGAUUUCAUCAGGUACUGCUCUGCUGCACCCCUCUCCACGACACUGAUCUUCUUCUAAGACGAAACCGCCAGUCCCCAGCUCGCCGCCAACAUCAUCACGGAGCCCGGUGACUUCUUUCCUCACAUGACGCUCGCUGAUUUUCACGUCGGACGCCACUUCGUGGAUCGAUAUUUGGAGCUAGGCAACUGGACGAAUUCAGUGAUGCCGAUGAGAGCAGAGGAGAUGAUCCUACGAGCCUAUGCAUGGCAGAGCCGUUUACUCCCGAAGGUGCGGAGUGUAUGGCCAGCACUGCUGAGGCAGAUCGAGAUUGGCGGAACGCUGGUAGUAGAAGAGGAGAGGGCGGUCGGUGCAGGUGGUGCAGAAGUUGUCGCCGGACCGAAGGCAGCAGCGCAAAUGGGUGAAAAUACAACAAAUUUCGCUGCAUCACAGGCUAUCUCGGUGUCAGAAUCCGACUCAAUCAAGCAGAGUCACAACCUAACCAGCACUUCUGUCGAUGCGAAUGCGGACGACGAUGAUGGUCAAAAACAUGACAGUAAAAAUGAGAAGAAGAAAAGGAGAGCCAAGAGCAGCAGCGAGAUCCGCGCAUGGUUUCUCCUUUUGUGGAUCGUGGGCGCCAUCACCGUGCAGCUCGGCAGCGGGCACAACGGCGAUUACGAAAGCCUUGGCCCCGCCUUUGAC